CUGGCGACUUUGGUCAGUAUUCACGUGGACUCCUGACUGUUAAGUUCAGUUUUACUCAGCGUUUUGUUGACCUGUAGUUUUACCUACUUGUCAUACCUGUACUAUAAUACUAGGUAUAGACGUAGAUAUAGAUAUAUAUUAAUAUAAUCGGGCAUCAUAUGUACAUCAGCAUCACUCGUCCUUCAUUCAAUCCACAAGUAAAUGGAGUGAUUAUUUUGCCGCGUCAUUUGAUUAAUUAAAUAUUCGAAUUUUUUUUAAACUAAAUUGUAAAAUAGAAAAUCAAUCGAUAUUUGUUUUAUUUUGUAAAUAAAUAAAACAAUAAACUGUCUGGUGUAAGUCAUUUGUUUGCGAAAAAUCCCGUUUGUGAAAAAUUGUAAAAUAAGUACUAUUUCAAUUAGUAUUUAUGUAAUUGAGGUAAAUGACAAGUAAUUGAUCGCUUUUCCGAGGCUGCUGGGUUUACCUUUUUAAAUUGAGACGUGGACAGUCCUGCAGGUUAAACGUAAACGUAUACAUAUAUAGAUAUAUAUUUUAAAUAUACGUGGGAUUUUUUUUGGUAAAAAUUUGGAGUAAAAUGUCUCGUACAAUUGCAAUCGUUUUAUUUAUCUGCUUUGGAGUAUCCAGUAAUGUGGUAAUGAGUCAGCUUCUGUUGACGAACUUACUGCCGGGAGCGAACUUACUGCCGGGAGGUUUCGCGGGCGCAGAUCUUGAUUCCUUGAACGAGACGGCACUCGGACAGGUUGAAAACGUAAAAAACCAGUUUAAAAAUAAAUGCGAAAAAAAUGGUGGCCCGGAUGUUUAUGACAAAGUGCUGAAAGCCAACGAUGAGAUACAAAACUGCAUCAAAGGACUCGUUAAUAUGACGGAGCUGCAGGAUGAGAUCGAGAAGGCCAAGCCGACAGGGGACCUUGAUAUUGUAUUCAAAAAGUACUGUAUGAAAAAGCCGACAUUGAAAAAAUGUAUCACCGAUUUUACAUCGACCGUGGAACCCUGCCUUGAAACCCAAGAACGUGAUACUGUUAAAAUAGCGUUAAAUGUCACUGAUUCACUUCUCAAUUUUAUUUGUCACAAAGAAGGAGAUCGUAUUGCUCUAUUUAUUGCCGCUGGUGGUCCGGAAUGCUUUAAAUCACAACAAGAAGGUCUUCAGCAGUGUAUGAAUUCAACUUACGGUGGAUAUUUACCAACAAGCGAAGCUGAGAACUCGACACCUAGUCUUGAAAGUUUACCUAAAUUGUUAUUUGGAGUUAAGGAAUGCAGCGACAUGGAGAAACUGAGGGGAUGCGUUGUCACGGAGUUAGAAAAAUGUACCGACCCAACACCUGGAAAUAUUGCCGACGCAUUAUUUACUUUUGUAAAACGUGUGACUCCUUGUGAAAAUCUUUUGAGCGGACGAUCUGCUGCUCUAGUUGAAGAAAAUCCAAAAUUGCAUGGGCGCAACAGUUCUCCCAUCAGUGCUAGCAGUUUUUAUUCGCUGGUAUUCAUCACCGCAGCACUUGCGCUGGCCUAAAUUUCAAUUUGUAAUUUUUAUUAAUAUAAUUAUUAUUAUUUUGUUCAUUAAUUCAGACAAAUUACACUUUAAUUGUGUUGUUAAUAAAUUUAAUGGUUUAUUUUAAGCUGUUGUUUUUUUGAUACGUGAUCAGGUCGAAUGUUGUGGAGAAAUUAAUAAUUGUACACAUAUCAAAUAAAUGUUAACUUGGAGUUUUUAAA